GUGUAAAUCCAUGUGAAUAAUGUAACGAUUGUCCCCUACCAUUAAUCCAUAUGUUCCGAUAUAUUGUACUUUGAUCCUCGAGGGUUAUGCACAUUGUGGGAGUGUUUUUCCCUAUAUAGUUGUACUGAGCACGUGUCGCGGUAAUGAGGCUGAUCCGAUUAAUAUGGUGGUGAAUAAAAUGCGGUGCUGAUAUUCAGAGAGCUGCACGACAGGAGCUGGGGAACGAUCAGGCACCAGGUCUCCUCUAAAAACACAUUUUCAGGACACGAAGAAAAUCACAUAUUUCACAAUGCCUGCUGAUUAUACUGGAUACUGGAAAAUGAUCUCCAAUGACAACUUUGAGGAGUAUCUCAAAGCUCUCGAUGUUAAUGUUGCUAUCAGGAAAAUUGCUGUUUUGUUAAAACCUGACAAAGAUAUCAGCCAGAAUGGAGAUCACAUUAUCAUCAAAACUGUGAGCACAUUCAAGAACUAUGACAUGGACUUUGUGGUUGGUCAGGAGUUUGAGGAAGACCUGGGUCCAGUUGAUGGCAGGAAAUGUAUGACCACCAUCACCUGGGAUGGAGAUAAACUGGUGUGUGUGCAGAAAGGAGAGAUUGAGGGCCGGGGCUGGACCCACUGGAUUGAAGGAGAUGAACUUCAUUUGGAGCUGAGAGCAGCGGGAGUUGUGGGCAAGCAGGUUUUCAAGAAGUCUUAAGCUUUUGUUGUGUAGUUGCGCCUCCUACUGGAAAAAACACAGAAACAACCACCAUAGACAGAGCUGUGUGUCCAUUCAUCAAUCUUUCUGUAUGAUGUGCCUUUCUAGACUCCUCAUCAGACAAAGUUUAUUCCAAAUAAGCAAUUACUUUAGUGGAUAUUUACGAACACCUGUUAAAUUCUUAUGUGUGUGGGUUUGGUAUGUUUGGACUAGCUUCAUAACUGAGAGCUUUACUGCUGUCUAAAAAUACCGCCUUUAACAUCUGAGGGUCUUUCUGGCUGGAGGAGAGAAGACAGGUCUUGACCCCGCAGCAAAUCGAGCUCCUUUCUUGUUUGUAGAAGCAGGAAGAGGAUGAUGAUGAUAUGAUGAGGGUCUGUAAACCUGCACUGCUGCAUCUCCUGUAGAUCGUGUGUGCUGAAAGUGUGACACCACACUGACAAAAUAAAGAAAACUGAUGAGGAUAGUGAACA